CCAAGGUUUAUGGGGCAAUAUUUAAUUACGUUUUGAGAAGUUAACGAUACUUUUGAGGAUGAUUAACUUUAACUACAAUUUAACUAUGAAUAACGCUAACCACGUCUUUAUACAACCGGCCUAACUACGUGAUUAAAGUUAACGACAUUUUAACGUGUUAACGACAUUGGCCACAUUUGGGUAUCUUGGGCCUCUUGGCCCUUGGGAUUAUUUUAUUAUUGUAUUAACAAUUGUGAAUAGUUUGUCAGAUAAGGAUUUGGAGAUCCCAGAAGGUGCCCCUGAUCUUGUUCCAUCUUCACCAGAUAAUGUGGACUUAGACAGAUUGAAGAAGGAUAUCCCGAAAUUUCUAAACAACUCCAGAGUCAUUUCUACUGAACAAAAGGAGUGGUGGGACACCUUCUUUGCAGAUGCUUUGGAAACAUACCAAGUCUCCCCGGAGAAGCGUUCCUUGUGGCUGCUAGACGAAGUAAAGAUCUUAAAGGCUUGUUCUUCAAACACAAUGGCAACACCACAUGCUUUGUCAUCCUUGACCGUGCUUGUAGCACCCAUGUCAGAUGCCACAGAAAAGGCAGCUGAGCUUGUCAAUGCUCAGUUUAAUGAGAUUCCAGAGGUUUACACUGGCCCUUAUGUGAGACCAAAAACAGUCUCAGAAGUUGAUAACCUGUGGCAGUUUGUGACAGUUGGGGUAUUUGUGGCAGUAAACCUUGAAAAUUAUGAAAAGGUACCCGUCAUUGGCAAAGUUGUUGAAAAAGAUGAAGAUAAUGUCAAGGUGCACUACUGGAAAGGUUCUUGGAACAAGAAAUGGACUCCUUGGUUGUACAAUAAUUUGCCUUGGAUUGAUGAGCUGCCAAAGGACUGUAUAUAUUUAGCAUCAUUUGAACUUGAUGAAAACGAUAAACUGCAGAAGGAUACUAAGCGAAGUAUUAGAGAAUUUUUCAACAAAGACAAAACUAAUUAAAAAUUUUAAAGUGAUAAUGCAAAGACU